AUGGUGAUGUCCUCAACCAGCAAGCCUUUUAUGCAGUCCACAACGGAUGCCCUGAGCCAUAUGAAUGAUUCUUUUUCAAAUUCACCAUCAGCUAGAAUUAUCUCAACUUACCUUUCUCUGCUCAUCACCUUGUUGGGAACAGCUGGCAAUGGACUUGUCAUCUGGUUUCUUCUCUUCCACUUCAAGAAGAACCCUUUCACUGUUUAUAUCCUAAACCUCUCAAUUGCUGACUUGACUUUCCUUCUUUGUACAUCUACUGUCAAUAUAGGAACACUAAUUUGCUACAACUUUAAUAUUCAACCAUUUGGACUGCGGUUAUUUCUGACCAUUUUUUAUGUAUUAAUCCUGUUUGGCUACAACACUGGCUUCUACCUCCUGACAGCCAUCAGUGUAGAGAGGUGUCUUUCAGUCCUUUACCCCAUUUGGUACAAAUGCCAACGCCUGAAGCAUCAAUCUGCAAUUGUCUGUACCUUGUUGUGGGUACUCUCUGUUUUGGUGAGUGGGUUAGAAUGUUUUGUGUGUAUUUGGGCAGCAGAGCCCAGAUUCCCUUUUAGACCAUGCAUGGUUGUGGAAAUAUUUUUGCUCGUCUUGAACUUCCUUGUGUUUGCACCUCUCAUGGUCAUAUCAAACUUCACCCUCUUCAUCAAGGUCUUCUGUAACCUGAAGCACCGCCGACCAGCCAAGCUUUACAUCAUCAUCAUAACCACGGUCAUUCUGUUCCUUGUCUUUGCUAUGCCUUCAAGAGUUUUUGUAAUGAUAUAUAACUUUGAAAAUGAAAAUUAUGAGUCUCUGGCAUUGUUAUAUCCAUAUUUGAGUUUAUUAUCCUUUAUCAAUAGUACUGUCAACCCAAUUGUCUACUUGGUGGUUGGUCGGCUCAGGGGACAGAGGACUAGGAAGUCUCUAAAAGACACAUUGCAAAAGGUCUUUGAGGAUAAGCCACAACCAAGAGUGAGAAUGAUGUCUUCAGUCAUGUUGUCAAAUGCCUUCGAUGAGGAUGAACAUGGCAUCAAAGCCAAAUACCACACUGAUGCUACAGUGCUGGUCAUAUCCCUGAUCUUGCCAUCACCCACAGGUGGAGACACCCCCACUGGAGAUAUAAUGGAACCAGUCAGUGCAAGAGUGACCUCCUCCAGUACCAUCCAGCAGCAUGGGAGUAAAGGCAGACAGGAUGAUAGUUGGAAUAAUCCAGCUUUGGGGUUGGAAGAGGGUGACAGUUAG